AUGGUCGGAACGCUCGUCCUCACCCGCCACGGCCAGUCCGAGUGGAACAAGCUCAACCUCUUCACUGGCUGGAAGGACCCGCAGCUCACCGAGCUCGGACGCGAGGAGGCCCUGGCCGGCGCCAAGAAGAUCAAGGACUCGGGCAUCAAGUUCGACAUUGCCUUCACCUCGGCGCUCACCCGUGCCCAGACCACGCUCGGCAUCCAGCUCAAGGAGAUCGGCCAGGAGGGCAUCGAGAUCAAGAAGGACCAGGCCCUCAACGAGCGCGACUAUGGCGAGCUCUCGGGCCUCAACAAGGACGACGCCCGCAAGAAGUGGGGCGAGGAGCAGGUCCACAUCUGGCGCCGAUCCUACGACAUCCCCCCUCCCGGCGGCGAGUCGCUCAAGCUGACCGCCGAGCGCGUGUGGCCCUACUACCACAAGGAGAUCCUGCCUCUGGUCAAGGAGGGCAAGAACGUCAUCGUUGCCGCCCACGGCAACUCGCUCCGCGCCAUGAUCAAGGACAUUGAGAAGAUCUCGGACGACGACAUUGUCGGCCUCGAGCUAGCCACUGGCGUCCCGAUCAUCUACAAGCUCGACCAGGACGGCAAGGUCGUCUCCAAGGAGAUCCUGCAGUAG